AUUAUAUCCUGAGGCGGAUUGAUAUUGCGCAGUUUAUGCCGCGAACAUCCGUGUGCAAAUAGGUAGGAAGUUAGGUGCAUCUGUAUUUGGUGUCCCGUAUCUACCUAGUGUCGGACAAAGCCUUUCACAGGAUUAGCGGGAGGUGUGCAAUUGGCCUUCUCUUCUGCUGGCCAUGGGUUUUAUCGGGCGUCGCUCUUCGAAACGUACCGGUAGGAAGCCAGAUGGGAAUUGACAGAAAUGCCGUCCUAGAUUGACCGGGGGAUUCUCAUGCGAAUCACAGUCCGGUACGUAUACGGCAUCAACAGGAUAGGUAGGUACAUGCACUCCCCCAUCCACACACCUACCUACCUGCCUACUUGCCUUUCCGCAUUACCACCAUUAGAAAGAAUCCUAUAUAUCCACGAACCAUCGGCCCUUGUCGUAUCGGUUGGUGGGGAGGAAGAAAACCCAACCGACGGAGUGGCACAAGGCGAGGCCGGCCAGAAGCUCCUACGUAUUUUCUUUAUCCAAGUCGGUUCUUGGAAUCUCUCACCGGAAAAGGGGGUAGGGAAUGCGGCCGCACCCGCAGGGACGUCGGAAAAUUACAGCUGGGUUGUGGCGCGCGCAAGAAACUCGGUAACCUGGGUAAUAUUUUUGGCCAGUGCGAUAUGUCGUUAUAUCACGCGUGUGUCUGGUUGGAUCAUCUCGCAGUCCGCUGCUGCUAAGCGCAGAAGAUUCGAGCAAUCGAGAAGGGACAGACGUUUAAUAGGCGCGCCACGGUCGGAAAUGCUCAGUCGUGGGCCGACGGCAUUGGUGGCUGGUCCCGCGCGAGGUUCGGCCCCGGAUGAGUUGGUUGUCAUCUCCUACCUCCUACCUACCUUUGUAUCGACUAGGAACGACAACCAGCCAGCGAAUACGACGUGGUGUGCCCAUAACGCACGGUGCACCUUCACGAUUACAUAUUGUGCCACGGUCGCUCCGGCAUCUUCUUGCAGACGACAAGCGGUCCGGUCGAGUCGAUAUAGACGACGUAUUGAGACGUGUCACUCUGCUGACGAGUGGCCAAAAUGUGUUGCGUGUGUGUGUGCGUCAAACCCGGGGGCUUGGCGGCUUUCGAGCUUCGGUCUCCCCAACAUGAGAACGGCGAGAAAGAUACUGGCGGAUCUUGAAGAUUCUCGACACAGGGGUGAUCACUCUGCCUAUGCAUAUGCAAGCAGGAAUGCUACGACGUCUGAGGGCGGCCAAGCCGUGGCUUAUCUCCAUCUGUAGCAGAGGCAUCCACGCGAGGGCGCGCAGAGCCCUGUCCGGAGGCGUAAUCGAUAGGUCCGUAGACGGGAUCUCGACAAGAAUCACGGUGCAUACAGAUGGGAUCAGUUGGGGUAUUAGCGUAGG